GCAGUCUCCCCUGUAGAUAAACACAUGGCCCGAGCUUUGCGGCUUAAACUGACAGGACUGACUAAGGUUAUGAGGUAACCUGAGAAGCCGGGCAGUUCCAUCGUUCCACAUAUCUGGUAGAUCCUCGGUUGAUAACAAGCGUCAAAUCAGGUUGAUUGGAUUUGGUAUUUGGUACCCAGCCGACAAGCCCGAAGUAAAAGCUCCAAAGUAUCGUUGGUGUUGUUAUGCGCUAUCUUGGACAUCAACGACGCCGCCGCAAUAUCGUACCUUCACGAGCCUCACAAUCCUCCAAUCGACAUGCGGUGGAUACAUAGGGGUCUAUUAUAACUAUCCGACGACCCCCGCUAUCCGCCAUGCCGCCGCACCUACACCCGCGGUCGCGGAUGACAUCUUCUCUCUUUGCCACGACCGUAGCGGCAAGCUUCUUCGUCGUAGGCCUCCCGCACAUUCUGCCGUGUCCCGCGCCCCGUGUAAAAUACGCCGACUCGGAAGUGGCCCCGGACGGUACGAGGCGGCGUCGGCGGAGGAAACCCGAGCCGGCCGAAGCGAAGGACGGUAUAGUCCAAUUUGAGAGUCCUAGCGAGGACUUCGAAAAAAUUGCUGCCGAGACAGGCGGCGCUGCCACUAGGGCGAGGAAGGAAAGAGAGUGCCCUGUUCCGAAACCGGGAGGUGUCAUUGGCAACCUGAUGGGAUUUAACAAGUCGAAAAUAGAAGAGGAUAAAAAGGGGACGAGCGACAAUACAUAGGGCGGCAUUAGACUGGAAAGUUCACUAAGACUUGGGCCCCAGAAACUGUAUAUACAACAAAACGGCACAAUGAAUGUCUACGGCAUCAGAAUCAUCACUCCACCAAGGUUUUGUCAUGAAUAUAUUAAUUGUUUUGCAAGUGCCUCGAAUGUUCCUAGUACAGUUUAUAAUGUCGAGGUAGCAACUGGAUGAUUAAACAUCGCAAAUUGUCUUAUGGAAACACGUUGCUUCAACCCCAGUUUUCUAGUUUAUCUAUGCCACGAUGUUAUCCGCGUAAUUAGAACUUUAGGAAUUAUAGACUGGUGAGGUCUCUAGUUUCAUUAUUAGGAAUGCAAAUCAACUUUUAUUGACCAUUAGCCGGUGGGUGAGUGGUAUCCCGGCAGGUUUGGUGACUCC